AUGAGUGGUGAAUAUAAGGAUGAACUGAGAGCUAACCUCUUAAAUGAUUUGCAACUCAAAGAUGUGACCAAUUAUUCUCAUUAUUCUCUCAGCAAAAAGGUGUGGAAAGUCUUUCUGGGCGCCGGUAUCAUAGUUAUAGUGAUUGGAGUGGGCAUUGGUUUUGGACUCUACUAUGGCCUCAAAGAGCCCGAUGGCUCAAAGAACUCUACUAUGCCUACUAUGCCUCCCUCUACUACUAUGCCUCCGGAGUGUGACGGCAGUUGUCUCGGCUCCUACACCUCGGACUCCUAUUUAGGUGUCUAUAAUAAGUAUGCCAUCAGUACGGACUCCGAGCCCUGCGCUCCCAUCGGAAAGGCAAUUCUUGAGAAGGGCGGGAAUGCCAUCGACUCUAUGAUAUCUGUGUUACUGUGUAUGGGAGUCACGAUUCCCGAGUCCAUGGGUUUGGGUGGCGGUGCCUUAAUACUCAUUUAUAACGGUAGUCACUUACUU